UUAGGCAUUAAUGUUUUUUCAGGCCUUUUCGUGAGCGUCAUGUAUUGAAUGUAAAAGUUAUUUUAGGUGACCUAAUAAAUAUUUUUGCUCCAAAUAAAAAAAGAAAACAAAGGAAUAGAGAAGAAAGAAGGGACAUGUUUUUUAGACAAAGACAGUGCUUUAGUAUGAGUGCUGUUGUACUGGGGGCUGUGUUAUUUCUAUAUGCUGAGUAGAUAUUUAUGUAUGGAGAUCGGAGAAGCUGUGCUGUGGUCAGGGAGAGAUUAAAAACUUGGGAGUAUACUGUUUGCUUUAGUGCAUUGUAACGUAAACAUUCUCAGACCUCUGAAAGCAAAGUUUGAUAAGAUGCAAUCCGAAUCUUGUCAGAAUCCCCCCUAAUGGACUUGCAAUCAUUUAUUCUGAUCUGUGCAUGGACAGACUCAUGAAUCAAAAUUAGUAAUUACCACUGAUUACAGAUUUGAGCAAUUCUUUUAAUUAGAUCAAUACACAAUUCUGGAUAAGUUUGCUGUAGUUAUGCUCUGUUGUGGGAACAGAUCACCACGUGUGUAACUCGCAUGAAAAUUGUGUAGACUAGUUCACUUUUUACUCUUGUCUUGAGAUCUGAGAUAUGAUAAGGACUUGCUGCAAUCUUUGUUUUUCUGUAAUUGUCAGAAAAUAAAAUGCUAAUUUCAGACAGAGACUUUGCAUUUCCUGAAGUGUUAUCAGAAAGGUUAAGCAAUUAAGAUUUGAAACAAAGUGAACACAAUCUGCACUCUGUAGAAACAGAAUUUCAUGUAAGGGAAAAUGUUACGUAAAUCAAAUUUAGAUUUUUAAAGAAAAAAAAUCACCUGAGGGGUUGUAUGAAGAUAUCCCAGUGUUGAAAUUCCUCACACAUGUGAUGUUUGGUGGAUAUUUACUUAGCAUGUGUUGAUGUUUGCUGGUGGCUAUAUGUAACAUUUAGUUGAGAGGAGAAAACCUAUGGUACUUCUUUAAUAACUAAUAUUGGUGCUCUUGUAAUCCUUGGUAGUGAGGGGGUUACGUAUUUGUGUGAAGUACAUCAGAAUUUCAAUGUUUUUUGGUAUGGAUGUAAUGGUUUUGUGUUCAAUGGGUUCAGUGUUUGAUUCGGAUGUUUACGGCAGCUGUAUAUUGGUUCUCGCCUAAAGAGCCCAGUGCACCUAGCCCUCAGACUGCUGCUCAGAGAAAGGCACACCGCCGGCUCACAAGGGAAGACAACCGCUACCACUCAGAAAUCAGAACAGAAGCAGUAAUGCAAGCACUCGCUCUACACAACAAAAAACCAGUCGUCCCGCUUCCAUCCAAACGAACCUCAGUUCAAUACCCUGGUCAACAGCAGAGAGCCCGAGAGAGACACGAUUCGUCAUCAGAUGAUGACAGUAUCUUUGGUGACGACCAGCACAGAGAUUUCCAGAGAGGGGGUCGUUACCGGGACAGUGGGGCCAGUUCUUCGUCGUACUCUGAUGCUAGUGCCUCCCCACAUCAUGGGGGUAGGGGAGGAGACAGUCGCCCUCACAGCGCUGCCUAUGCCAUCCCCGGGAACACCUCCCGACAGGCCCUGGCAGAUGUCUUACAGAGCUCCAGACACUCUCAACCAAUCUCCCAGCCCCCCGACGUAACCAACAAUGCUAAGAGCACUAGACAAGCAGACCGUGUCGGUCAUUACGUCCCCUCCCACAUAUCAUCUGUCAGAAUGAACAAUUCAGGGAACAUCUCAGGCUUGCAGGACGAUGAAAUUCGACAUCAAGGAAAGGUUUCCGCCAAGAUACAGCAAUUACUAAACACAUUGAAGAGACCGAAAAGAAAACCAUUAAACGAGUUCUUUGUUGAAGAUGAUGAUGCUUUAGAAACCCCCACACCAGACCCUAACGCACCAAAACCAGAAGGCAGUAUUAUGUCACCAUUUCCCGGAGAGCAGCUUGUGAUUCCCACAGGUUUGCCUCGUAAUUUAGAAUCAGCAUUACAACGAUACGGGUCGUCUUCGUACAAAUCUAAUGCCGUGACAGUUCUUGACCAGAAUGGAAAACCAUCCCUUACACUUACAUAUGGAAAACUGCUGGCCAGAACCCAGAAGAUUGCUUACAACAUGUUACAGAAAACAGGCCACAAAGGGGAAGGGGGAAUCAAACCCAAUGACAGGGUGGCCCUUGUAUAUCCAAACAAUGACCCUAUCUCAUUCAUCAGUGGAUUUUAUGGCUGUUUACAAGCGGGAGUGGUCCCAGUACCAGUGGAAGUCCCAUCAUCUAGGAGGGAUGCAGGAGGACAGGGUAUAGGUUUUUUAUUGGGCAGUCUCAACGUGAGGUGGGCAUUGACAUCAGAAGCGUGUCACAAGAGUUUAGCCAAGACUGCAAGUGGGGAAGUUGUACAGUUCAAAGGUUGGCCAAAACUCAGCUGGCUAGUCACUGACAAUAUACACAAGUCUUCAAAAGAUUGGCAGCCCCCUCCGAAACAGUCAGAAGACAUUCCUGCUUAUGUAGAAUACACACAGAGUAAGGAGGGCAGUACUGUGGGGGUGACAGUAACCAGAAGUGCCAUGUUGUGUCACGCCAGAACCCUCAGUCUGGCCUCAAACUACACAGAGGGUGAAGUUAUGGUCUGUGUUUUAGAUUUUAAGAGAGAUGUGGGUCUUUGGCACGGUAUAUUAUGUAGUGUGUUUAACGGCAUGCAUGUGAUAUUUAUUCCAUACUCCUUGAUGAAAGUUGAUCCAGCUUCCUGGAUGAAAAUGAUAACCAAAUACAAAGCUUCUAUAGCCAUUGUGAAGUCUAGGGACAUGCAUUGGGGACUUCUGGCACAGAAGGAUCACAAGGACAUUAGUUUUGCCUCCCUGAGGCUUUUAUUAGUAGCAGAUGGAGCUAACCCAUGGUCUUUAACUUCUUGUGAUGCAUUCCUGAACUUAUUCCAAAGUAAGGGAUUAAAACCAGAGGCCAUUUGUCCUUGUGCCAGUUCCUCAGAGGCAUUAACUGUGUCAAUAAGAAGGCCUGGUCGAUCUAGCGUUAGUGCGACUGGUCGAGGCAUUUUGUCCAUGCAGGGUCUAAGUCAUGGAGUAGUAAGAGUGGACACCGAAAAUAGCUUAACUUCACUGACGUUACAGGACUGUGGACAAGUGAUGCCUGGAGCUGUUAUGAUAGUUGUGAAGACUGAAGGUCCCCCGAUUCUGUGUCAGACGGACGAGGUUGGAGAACUCUGUCUUUUUUCGGGUUACACAGGGGUCAGUUACUGGGGACUGCAGGGAAUUACCUCCACCACCUUCCAGGUUCAACCACAACACCCAGAUGGAAGUGUGAUUGGGGAUAAAAAAUACGUCAGAACGGGACUGCUAGGAUUUCUGGGGCCGGGUGGAUUGGUGUUUGUGUGUGGGAGUAAGGAAGGCCUGAUGACAGUUUCAGGUCGUCGCCAUAACACUGAUGACAUCAUCGCUACCGUGCUAGCUGUGGAACCCAUGAAAUUCAUUUACAGAGGAAGAAUUGCUGUAUUUUCUAUUUCGGUUUUGAAAGAUGAGAGGAUUAUAAUCAUCGCUGAGCAGCGUCCAGACUGCACGGAGGAAGAGAGUUUCCAGUGGAUGAGUCGUGUACUGCAAGCGGUCGACAGUAUCCACCAAGUGGGCGUGUACUGCCUAGCUCUAGUCCCACCCAACUACUUACCCAAGACACCACUAGGUGGCAUCCAUUUACCGGAAACCAAGAAAAAGUUCCUGGAGGGUUCUCUUCAUCCUGCCAAUGUCCUUAUGUGUCCACACACGUGUGUCACAAACCUUCCCAAGCCCAGGGAGCACAGACCAGACUAUUUGCCCCCCAAAGCAGUACGGAAUGUCACUCCAUCAGCAGUUCAUGUUGGAAACAUUGUACAGGGAGCCCGCAUGGCCCAGGCCCAGGGCCGUGAAUUGGGCGGUACCGAGGACGAAUCGGACACUGCCCGUAAACACAUGUUUUUAACUGAAAUCCUUCGCUGGAGGUCACAGACUACACCAGACCAUACUGUGUUCACACUGCUCAACUCCAAGGUUCAGCCCCAGAUCCAGAUGUCCUGUUCGCAGCUCCACAAGCGAGCCGAGAGGAUUGGCUGUAUGCUGAUGGAGAAAGGCAAGCUUAACACUGGGGACCACGUGGCUCUCAUUUACCAUCCAGGUGUAGACUUGAUAGCAGCAUUUUAUGGGUGUUUGUAUGUGGGCUGUGUCCCGGUCACCAUCCGCCCCCCACACCCCCAGAACAUUGCCACUACCCUCCCGACAGUCAAAAUGAUUGUAGAAGUUAGCAAAUCCUCGGCCAUUCUUACCAACAGUAUUGUACAUAAAUUACUCAAAUCCAAGGAAGCAACACAGAUUUUAGAAUCCAAAUCCUGGCCCACAAUUUUGGACACGGAUGAUCUCCCAAAAAAGAAACUAGCAGCCAUUUAUCGAGCCCCCACCCCAGAAAUGAUAUGUUAUCUGGACUUCAGUGUGUCAACCACGGGGAUGCUUGCAGGGGUUAAGAUGUCUCACGCCUCCUCCACAGCUCUUUGCCGUUCUAUCAAGUUACAGUGUGAAUUGUACCCCUCCCGGGAUGUCACCCUGUGUCUGGAUCCAUACUGUGGACUCGGAUUUGUCCUAUGGUGUCUCUCUAGUAUAUACUCUGGUCAUCAUUCCAUACUAAUAGCUCCAUCAGAGGUGGAAACCAACCCAGCUGUGUGGCUUACUGCCGUCAGUAAUUAUAAAGUGCGGGACACUUUCUGUUCGUAUGGAGUGAUGGAAUUAUGUACCAGGGGCUUGGGGACAUCAACUGCUGCAUUAAAGCAAAGGGGGAUAAACCUGUCCUGUGUGCGCACCUGUUGUGUGAUAGCAGAGGAGCGGCCCAGGAUCCAGCUCACCACGUCUUUCACUAAGUUAUUUGCUAAUCUGGGAUUGACCCCAAGGUCCGUCAGCACCAGUUUUGGCUGCAGAGUCAACCUGGGAAUGGCAUUACAGGGAGCUUCAUGCCCUGACCCUACUACUGUGUAUGUGGACAAGCGAGCCAUGAGAAAUGACAGAGUGACUUUGGUGGAGAAGGGGAGUCCUCACAGUCUGUGUAUCAUGGAGUCAGGCAAGUUGUUGCCAGGUGUCAAAGUUGUAAUAGCCAAUCCAGAAACAAAGGGGCAGUGUGCUGACUCUCAUCUAGGAGAGAUUUGGGUGAACAGUCCCCACAAUGCAUCUGGCUAUUACAUGAUAUAUGGUGAUGACUCGCUCCAUGCUGAGCAUUUUGACUCUCAUCUGGCCACGGGCGACACCUCAUCACAGUAUGCCAGGACUGGUUUCCUUGGAUUUGUCCGCCGGACAGAGCUAACCCAGAGUGAUGGAGGUUGGAAGAUUCUUUACAAUUUCUCUCCUGGAUAUAAUGUCAUUUUCACAGAGACCAAAAGAAUGCUAAUAUACAUGUAUCUUUACUCUGUGAAUUUAUGGACAAUGUACGGUUGUUUUUCAGGGAGACACGAUGCCAUAUUUGUUGUGGGUGCAUUAGAUGAGACCGUGAUGUUAAGAGGAAUGAGGUACCAUCCCAUCGACAUAGAAACAAGCGUUGUCAGAUGUCAUCGCAAGAUCUGUGAAUGUGCUGUGUUUACAUGGACAAAUUUAUUGGUUGUGGUUGUGGAGCUUGAAGGAAAUGAAAACGAAGCUCUAGAUUUGGUUCCCCUGGUAACCAACGUAACAUUAGAGGAACACUACUUGAUCGUAGGGGUGGUAGUUGUGGUGGAUCCAGGCGUUAUUCCAAUUAAUUCACGGGGAGAAAAGCAAAGGAUGCAUCUAAGGGACGGAUUCUUGGCUGACCAGCUGGACCCAAUCUACGUGGCUUACAAUAUGUAAAUUAUUAUGCAAGAACAACUAUUGGUGCAGCUUUGCUGUUGUGAGUCGUGGAGAAGUGCUAUAAAUUAGAAGGUCGUUAUGAGGCAUAGGGGAGUGCUAAUUAGAGGACUGGUGUUAAAGAAGCAUGCCAGUGCAAAGUGAAGUCGGUGUGUGUCCUGUAUGCGUAUAAAUUGUUGUUAUAUCCCUUUCCUGAAGAAAUUCCAUUUUUCCCAAGUAGUCAAUCAAUUAUUUUGUAGUUUAUACCUGUGAAAGUGUGCGUUAUUAUGUAAGAUGUAUAAUAUAUGUAGUAAGUGCUGCUUUCUGAUCUGCUACGUAUAGCAUUUUAUUAUACAUAUAGAAAUGUGUAUCCAUACAAUGGAAAAAUAUUCAUUAGAGAAUGUAAAUUAAGUAAUGGGUGUGAAAAAAUCAGUACAGAUAUGUGAUACCUGUAGAUUAGGUUAUAGAUCGAGAUUUAUCAUGCUCACUAUUUUCUUUAUGCUUCGUUGUAGAGAUCGUGCGGAAUUGAAAUUUGUAUCAAAGCUUAUUGAUGCUGCAGAAUUCGGUUCAGUAGCCUUUACAUAAAAGUUUCACUGUAUUCACUGAAAUUAAGAUUUAAUUCUUCUUGUCAGUCUUGACGGGUAUGCAUCAUUAGACCAGAAAAAUCUUCAUACUACUCGCAUCAGUAGAGUUACAUACAACAGAAAAACAGUCUCUACCUACGGUAUUCAUCAAGUUCUUACUUUUACAGUCAAAUGCAAUAUCAAAUCAUUUUAUCAAUGACAUGUAGGCUCUUUUGUAUAUUUGGUUCUAUUUUUAAUAUGCUGUGAAGAAACAUUGUAUACUGAACUAUGAAUUUAUGUCUCAAAACUGAAGAAUGUAGAUUUUUAUUAACAGUAAAGCUCAUUAUAUCUAUUAUUAGUAUAAAUAUUCAGAUGUUGAAAUACCAAUUUUAACGAAUGAUUGAGAUUAUAUGUCUGUAUUAAUCAACAUGACAGAGGUGCAAUAUAUGAUUUAACAAAUAUUUGGUUAGUCCAGAGCAGAGUUUUUAUAUGUUGGAUGAGCAGGUUUUAGGAGAGGGAUAAAGGAUGGGGUACUAUAGGAUACUCUCGAUAUGAAAACUCGGCUGUGGACAGCUAAAUAGUUACAUAAUGUACAUAUAACAAUACAGAAAGGCUAGUGUGUUGAUUGAAUGAUUAGAUAAAUUAUUCAUAUCCUAUACACUCGUGUUUUGUAACAAAUGUUUGUCUUUAGCUUGAAUGUGAUAGAAAUGGAAGAUGUUCCUUUAAAUCUAUAUAGGUAACCAGGGGAAGUAAUAUACUAUCAGUUACUGUUUUUAUUUAUUUGAAUUGUACACAGUGUAUUGAGCUGUAUGUGGUGUAUCAAAAAUGUGUCAUUCUAAUUAGUCUGAAAAGUAGACAACAAAGGUAGAAGUAAUCCAGUUUAAUCCAGUUCUGUUGGUUGUAAAACCAGAUUCGGACAGCUUUAUAAGUUGUAUGUACUCGGCAUUUGUAAUUCUGUGGUACUCGAGGAAUUAAUUUCUAGUCAGAGUGAAAAUCCUGUAAAAUCUCGCCAAUGCUGGAGAAUUUCAGCAAUAUGUCUUCAUUUGUAUCCAUAUUUCACUUCCUAAACAUUUUUAGGAAAACAAAUUUCAAUUUCAAUUGAUGCCUUUCAAAUAAACCUGCCACAUGGCUUCAUGACAGUUUGAAUUGGGCUGUGAAUGAGUGACGAAGAUAUCAGUACUUUGUGUAAAGUAGGUAAAUAAAUGUUAAUUAUGUAUUAAUUCUUUUAUGAUUCAACUUUUUAAUGCUUAGCAAGCACAUUUUAGUGUAGAAAUUCUACCCUACACAAACAUACCUACCUUUUGUUGAUUAUGCACACCACCCAGACCGUGUUAAGAGAAUUAGGCCGUUUCAUGUUUAUUUUGUGUUUACUACUGUUAACAGCUGAAUUGUCUGCUUGUUUGUAUGACUUUUGAUAAUACAUAUGUUUGUUUCUUCUUUUUAUAUGGCUCUGUAUGAAGUAAAAGGUCUUAAACAAGUAAAUUUUACAAACUUCGUA